AUGUCUUCCAAACCAAAAUAUUUGCUAAAAAAGGUAACAAAAACCAAUGAUUAACAAAACAAUAUGUUCAUGACACAAACACUAGAUUAGGAUGAGGCUUAAUUUUACAAAGAUGGAAAGAUUUGUUCUUAUUAUAUAGUUGGUAACCCAGAUCUAUUUAAAAAAAAAACAACUUUCAUUCUAAAAUAAUCAGAAUAGUCAAAUAUACCUUCUAAACCCUCUUAGAGAGUUAUCCAGAAACACUAACGUCAUAAGUAGGACUCUGAUUUCAUCUAUGAAGACAUGGAAGCAAGUGAUGUAGAAAGGGAAGUAGAAAGAGUAAUCCAGUAAUAAAAAUAGCCAGAGCAAGGAGUGAAGAUGGCUCUCACCAAACCAGAUCAAAUAUAUGCUAAUAGGGAAAGUAAAAUAAUGAUGGCUUUCGAGUAGUAAUAACAAAAAUGGCAAUAAAGAGUUGUUUAAUCUGCCAAAGCAUGUGGUAGAGAUCCAAAGCAAUCACUUUUCCAUCAUAUUGAUGCUGCUAGACAACGUUAUGAGGAUCGUAAACUAUUGGACUUAAUUUAAUCAGACUCAGAGAAAUAUGGAAAUCAUUUAUGGGUAUUAGUAUAAAUUCUAUUCUAAGGAAAUGCAACUCAGAGCAGCUCCUGGUGAAUUGAAUAAUAAAAACGAAAAAGCUGUGUUUGAAAUAGUUAGAAAAAAUAAGGCUGAACAAGUUUAUGAAAGACCGGAAGGAUUUAUGAAAAGAUUUGAAGAAAAAAAAUAGGUAAUUGAAAAGAUAAUUCCUAAUUUAUCUGUUAAAGAAUUAGAAGUUGUUGGAUAAAAUAAAUUAAUCAAAGAAUCAAUAUCCAUGUUGAAUUUAGCUAAAAAUUAGAAGAACACCAAAUUCAAUAAUGAAAUACCACUAAGUUCUAAAAGAAAGAUUAUUUUAUCUGCUCCUUUUGAAAAAAAGAAAUAAAAGGAAGAACCUUUAUACUAUUAACAUGUGAUUGAAAUGAAUUACAACAAAAGAGAUUUGCGUUAAUAAGGAUAAUUGGAUAUAUGCAAGUAAAUUUUUUGA